UCUCUCUCUCUCUCUCUCAUGUCUCUUCUCUCUCGUUCCAGUAACGCGACUGUUCUCUCUCUCUCUCUAAGACCUGCGCCCUUCCCUCUCUCCCUCCGCCACAGUCUCCAGUGCUAGGUAUGCGUCCUCAACUUUGCAAACGCCUCUGUAAACGUAUCAGCCCCCUCCAGCUUUCUCUCUCUACUCUCUCUCUAAACUUCUCAAGGGGCAACCACGGGUCCUCUCCAUUUCACUGCAAAUUAUCGUCAAAAUGUCAUGUUUGCAACGACCCUCUUUCUCUCUCUACACUUGCAGAGAACUUCUCAAGAGAAAACCCUGAUUCAUCAUCGUUUCUUCAGAGGCCCCCUAAAAAAGCUCAUGUUUCGAGAGACCAGCUUUCUCUCUUCACUCUCUCUGAACUUCUCUCGAAGGAACCAUGAUUUCUCAUUCUAUCGUCACAAAAACUCCAUGAAAUUCCAAUUUUUGACAAACCCAACUUCUCUCUCUAGAUUCUCUCUCUUCUCGAGGAAAAACCAUGAUUCCUCAUCGCAUCAUCCUGAUCCACCCAUCGAAACCCAUGUUUCCAAAGACCCUGCAAAUGCCCCUUCUAAACCUCUCAUUCUCUCUCUACUAGACCACCUCAAUCAAACUAAAAACUUCGAAGAAACCAUUCGAUAUUUGGAGUCUCUGUCUAUAGAAAGAACCCAUUUUUCGUCUGCUUCUCGUUUUUGUGAUUCAAUUAUCAAGUCCCUCAAUCCCUCGUCUUGGAAUAGGCUUUUGCAUCUUUUUAAUAGCUCAGGAAUGAUUGAUCAGGUAUGGAUUGUCUACUCAGAAAUGCUAAAUUAUGGAAAUUCUCCUUCUAUUUAUACAUAUAACAUCGUUUUACAUGCUUAUUGUAAAUUGGGUAGAUUAAAAAGUGCUCUUGAUUUGUUAAGGAGUAUUAGUCCUGACACUGUGAGUUAUAAUACUGUGAUUUGGGGGUUUUGUAAGGAAGGAAAUGUCGAAUUAGCGCUUGGUUUAUUGUCAGAGAUGGUUAAGAAAGGGGUACAGAUUGAUGUGAUUAGUUCCAAUAUUUUGGUAAAGGGGUUUUGUCAAAAAAUGAAGCUCAGUGAUGCUGAAAAUCUCGUGAGUGGAAUGGUUAAGGGCGGGCUUAAUGUAGAUGUUUUCGGGUUCAAUACUUUGAUCGAUGGAGAGUGCAAAGUGGGUUCGAUGAGUAAAGCUUUGGAGCUGAGAGAGAGUAUGAAAUCUGAAGGCCUUUUGCCUGACCUCGUGACUUAUAACAGUUUGAUAAAUGGGUUCUGUAGAGUUGGUGACUUUGAGAAAGCUAAGGAUAUAAUGGGUGAAAUUCUGAACCCUACAGUGUUUGGUAAUGGUUUAGAGAGAGAAGACAAUCAAGACAGACCAGAGCUUUUGGAUUCUGAUUCUAUUCAGAAUACCAACAUGACGAGAGAAAGAAAUGACACAAAUUUAGACCUGGAGCCUAAUCUAAUUACUUAUACAACUUUAUUGGACGCUUACUGUAAGAAAGGGGAGCUUCAUGAAGCAUUUAUGUUGUAUGAAGAAAUGGUCAGAAGUGGUUUUCUACCUGAUGUGGUUACUUAUAGUUCGCUGCUUGAUGGGUUGUGCAAGAAUGAGAGUUUAGCAGAGGCAAAAACUCUGUUUAGAGAGAUGGAGAAUAUGGGUAUUGCUCCAAACCAUUUCUCUUACAAUACUCUGAUGAAUGCACUCUUCAAAGCUAACAAAUCAGUGGAAUCAUUCAUUCUCCAAAGCAAAAUGGUGGUUAAAGGGAUUGUUUUUGAUCGUGUAAUUUUUACCAUGCUUAUGAAUGGUUAUUUUAAGGCAGGAAAGCCCAAGGAAGCUGAGAGGAUGUUUUAUCAAAUCUUGAAUUUUAAUCUAAAGCCAAAUCACAUCACUUAUUCGGUUUGGAUUGAUGGGCUCUGUAAAUUAGGUGAUAUGAAUGGUGCUGAAUUUCUAGUGAGAGAAAUGCAAAGAAACCAUUUACAGGCUAAUACUUAUACGUACUCUUCCAUUAUUAAUGGGUACACAAAGAAGGGAUUGUUAGUUGAAGCCAUGGCUUUUCUGAAACAAAUGCUAAAUUCUAGUGUCUCCCCGAAUAUUGUCACUUACAGCACCCUGAUCGACGGCUAUUUCAAGCUAGGGAAUCAAGAUGAUGCUUACAAAUUAUACAAUGAAAUGGUCAGCAGUCGGAUAAAGCCAAACAAUUUCACCCUUGAUGCCCUUGUAAAUGGCUUAGGAAAAAGUGGGAAAAUUGAGGAAGCUAAUCGUUUAUUUGAAGAUAUGGUAAGUGGGGGCUUGUCUCCUGAUUGUUACAACUAUACCACAUUAAUGGAUGGCCUAUUUAAAGUGGGGAAACCAUCUCAAGCUUUCAAAGUUGGUCAAGAGAUGGCUGAGAGAAAUCUUGCCUUUGAUGUUGUUGCUUACAAUGUGUUCAUCAAUGGUUUAUGCAAACUUGGGAAACCUCUUGAAGCAUUAUCCUUUUUUAAUGAAAUGAAAGCGGCUGGUUUAACCCCUGAUGAUAUCACAUAUAACACAAUGAUUGAUUCGUUUUGCGAAGUAGGGAAAUUAGACGAAGCUUUUGAGUUAUUUAGAGAGAUGAAGACUAAUGGUCUGGUGCCUAAUCUUAUCACUUAUAAUGCUUUAAUUCAAGGGCUCUGUAAGGCUAGAAAGAUGCAAAAGGCUGAAGAUAUUUUGGACGAGAUGUUCGGGGUGGGCAUUGGCCCCAAUUCUACGACACAUAGAGUUUUGCUUCAGGCAUGCUCAAAGAAUGUCGGGGUAAAUUCAGUUCUUCAGAUUCAUGAGAAGCUCAUAGGAAAAGGAUUUGUACCCCAUUUGGUAUCUUAUAACACUCUUAUCGGCAUCUUAUGUGAUCAUGGGAUGACAAGCAAGGCUAGCCAUGUGCUAAACCAAAUGUUGGAGGAGGGAUUUUCUGCGAAUAUAGUCACUUAUAAUGCAUUUAUACGUGGGUAUUGUAUGAGCGGUCAUCUAAAGAAUGCCAUUUCAGUGUAUUCUCAAAUGUUAACGGAAGGAAUUUGUCCAAAUAUUUUGACCUACAAUGCCCUAUUAGAUGGCCUUUCUAAGGUCGGAUUGAUGCAAGAGGCAGAGGGGCUUAUGAAUGAGUUGUUGAGAAGAGGGUUGGUUCCAAAUUUUUUUACUUAUGAUAUUAUACUAAGUGGGUAUGGAAGGAAAAGCAAUAAGAAGGAAGCCAUGAGAUGGUACUGUGAAAUGGUGCAGAAAGGCUUUGUUCCCAAGCUCAAGACCUAUAAUGUGCUUAUUAGCGAUUUUGCGAAGGUGGGCCUGAUGAAGCAGGCUAAUGAAUUCGUAAAUGAGAUGCAAAGAAGAGGAGUGGAGCCCAAUUCAUCGACAUACAAUAUACUGAUCAGUGGUUGGUGCAAACUGUCAAAUGGACCUCAGGUGAAAAGAUUAUUGAAAGAGGCAAAUGAUAAAGGCUAUUCUCUAAGUGAAGAUACUCUAGGUCUUAUCACUGAAAUCUUUGCCAAACCCGGUAAAAGGGGACAAGCUCGGAGAUUAUUGGAAAGAUUUCAUAAGGUGGAAAACGGAAAAAAAUAUGAGUCUCUUGCAGUUGAGAACUUGAACUUUAUAUAGGAAGAAACAAGAGUAUAAUGAGAAACCCAUUUUCACUUUCAGAAGCGGAAAACGGGAACCAACACUCAAUGAGAGGCCUGUUUUAAACAUAAUGACUUGCAAUUUUAAUGAUCUCUAUAGAUCUAGCUAAUCUUCGGAUGUUGGAUGAAAGAUCUCGUAUAUAAUGCCGGGCUCAACUAUUUUUCCUGCUAUUAAUCCCAAAGUAUUGGCAAAUAUAAAGAAGGAAAUUUAUGCUCAUGUCCCCCUAAAUUUAUGUUAUUAAAAAUAUACCCCUGAAAAUAUUGUAUUUUAUGUUCAUUCGCCUUUUUUAUUUUUAUUUAUUUAUUUUUCAAAAUUGUCUCACUUCGGACCUUCAAGGUUUGAAGUCACAAUUUAUGCGAUGACUUUGGAUCUUGAGGAUCAAAAGUAAUUCUUUCAACUGAUGGCUUUUAACUUUGAAGAUUCGAAGUUAUCUUUUGGCUUCUGACCUUCAAGGUCUGAAGUCAAGAUUCAUGUCUCAAAAUAUAGGUCUUGGCUUUAGACCUUCAAGGUCCGAAGCCAAAGACUUUAAAAAAAUUUAUUGGCUUUAGUAGUUAUUCUAGGAUAGACUUCAAUUUUUUUGAAGUCUUUGGCUUCGUACUCUGAAGGUCCAAUGCCAAGAUUGAUACGAGUCUUGAUUUCAGAUCUUCAAGGUCUGAAGCCAAGAGAUGAAUUUGGAUCUCGAAGGUCUGCAGUCAUAAUUAAAAACAAUUAUUUCAAAUCUUCAAGUUCUGGAGUCAUAACAACAAUUAUGAUUUUGGAUUUUGAAGGUCUGAAGUGGGGCAUUUUGGGAGAAAAUAGAAGUUGAUAAAAUGGGUCUUGACGUAAUAUACGGCAUUUUGGAGGAAUCGUUUAAAUAACAGAAUUAUUAGGGGGACAUGAGCAUAAAUUUCUCUAUAAAGAGAAAUCAAGUUGCCGGAUUGAAACUCUAUGGUUAGGUGAGUUCAUAUUUGCAGCUGCCGGCAGUUGAGCAAAUUUCACAAAUAUAAAGACGUGGUUGUUUACAUCAAACUGAAAACCAUGUCCAUUACCAAUUUGUGCAGGUCUUGUCAUUUGAGCUCCAAUUUGGUGACAACUGACAUGCAUGAGAUAUCUUACACCAUGUACCUUAGCAUGCUUCUCCAAUAAACCACAGGUGGGUGGCGUAGAUUCUCCUUGUUGAUUUGACAUUCCAAAAUCUACUUCUUCUAGUUUGCAGAUUAGAAACUCAAUUGGUGCUGCACCGGGCACUCUGACGUGAACCUAGUUGUAUCUUGGUUGUUACCAAAAUGGAGGUGGCCAAAAACGAGGACAUCUUGCAAGUCCAAACUGAAGUUAGGGAGGGAAAAACUGAGGAGCGAAGAUUAAAAACAGUUUCUCUCUCUACUCCCGGGGCAGCAAGAGAAG